AUGUCCUCACAAGUAAUACCACAUAGUAUGUACCGUCGAGAUUCAAACGAGGAAAAGCCUCUAGAAAUCGACCAAGAAUCGAACCCAGAUCCUUCAAUAAACAGCCGAUCAAACAGUCCGCAAAACAUGAAGUACUACAAAAACAUAGAUGAACAAAAAACCGUAUUGAACCAAAAUAAGAAAUCUUUUUGUAUUGACGCUUUAUUGUCGAAUAAAAUUGAACCAGAGACGAGUUUACAAGAGAGGAUAAACCAGCAAAAAUAUAUUCAGUUACUACAGAAUAAGAACUAUAUUACUCGUUAUCAAAAUGAUAAUUACGAAGCUCAAAUUGAACAUAAUACAAUUGACAAAUAUCAGAGGGAUAUGUCUCUGUCUGAUGCCAACGACCCACGGGAGACGGAAAGUCAAAAAUCAGGACAAAGCUCUCCUAGAAGUGUCAGUCCGGGAUCUGAUGAUGGAAACCGGAGUGGGAGUUACAGUCCACCGAUUUCGCCUGGAGUGGAAGGAGGGAAUGAGGAAUACGAAAGUAGCAACUAUAGACCUGCUAUAAUCCCAAAACCAGGACUUCUACCUCAAAACCCAGCGUUCGCAGCAGCACAAUCAGCAGCACUCUUCUACCCGCAAUUACCAGGACCUGGAGGUCCACCGCCGGGGACUCCUCUGCCUUCAGCCUUCCACCAUCCAGGGGAUAGAGUGCUCCAUCAUAUGCAGUUGGAAUGGCUGGCCAGGACCGGAAUGCUGUAUCAUAGAAUACCCGAGUUGGGAG